CGGGGACCCGGCGCCACUGGUUUGGCUGCUCGACCAUUAUUCUUUCUGCGCUUCGUCGUCAGUCCACAGUAGUUUGCACAGUAGCAUCGACGAGAUCAACGAUCACACUUAUCGAAUCUGCCACUCACACAUACGCAUCCUGCUCCCAGUCCCCUGCUGUCAUCCCCCCAGGAUCCAUCGCAAGCUCGGUCACGGCCAGACGCACACACUACUACCCUCUCAAAUACACCCUGGAACCUGUCGUAUAUAGAAUCUCUUAUUCCCUUCCCCUCCACCAUGUCGCCGUGGUUGCUCACCCUUGUCGCCUUCGUGCCCGUUCUUUUGGUGGCAUUGUCCUUCCUCCGCUCCACCGUCCUGUCCAAGUACCUUGACGAUAGUACCCAGAGGAGGCGGGAAUAAUGAGCCGGUCGCCUUCUCCGUUGGGCACCAAGCCGGACGGCUUCGAGACCGAGAACCGUAGACACUCGAUUGACGCCCCUGCCGAGGAGGGUUUCCAUAGGCAAACUCAUCACGACCUGCCCGACCAUGGUCACAAUGCCUCACCACAGAGGGGCGUCGACCCGAAUCCCGAUCUUGCUCUGCACUAUUCCCACGAACACCAGCACAAGCAUCUCCACCAUGGCCGCCCUUCGCUUUCGGGUCGCCAUGAUGAAGUCCUGUACGCUGAAGGAACGACAGUCGACGACCGGCACACUCUUAACAAACAAGACCCUCCUCAAGACUACAUCAAGCACCAGCUCCGGCCGUCGCAUGCGGAUGAAAAGGACUUCGUGACCAUGGAUGCUGAAAAGGGUGCAGUUGACCCGGGUCGCAUUGAGACAAACGUAUCAGAAGAGGAAGGCAAGCGACACCGUCUGCCGCGGAUGUACUCGAAAUACAAGAUUUUUGUGCAUCUUUUCAUUUGGCUCGUGUUCACAGGAUGGUGGAUUGCCGGCCUAGUGCUACACCGUCACGAUCUGGGCUGGUUGAAGCCGUUUCUGCUAUGGCUGGCCAUCACUCUACGCCUGAUUUUCUUCUGGGCCCCGAUCACCAUCGUCACCAAGCCUAUGCACUUUGUGUGGAACAACACUGGAGUGAGGGUCUAUAACAUGAUUCCAGGCAAGUUACGAACGCCUCUGGCGGCUCUUGUGACCAUCGCUGUUAUGUUGGUCGGCUCUUUUGUCUCCAAGGAGUCGGCAGACAACACUCGCGGCAAUCGGGCGAUUUCUCUGCUUGGCCUGGCCAUAAUGAUUGCUCUGCUCUGGAUUACUUCUCGCGACCGCCGAAGAAUCCAAUGGCAUACAGUCAUUGGAGGCAUGUUGACCCAGUUCGUCAUCGCCGUCUUCGUGCUCCGGACGCAGGCCGGUUAUGACAUCUUCAAUUUCAUCUCCGAGCUGGCUCGUGACUUGCUAGGCUUUGCUGACCAGGGCACAUCGUUCUUGACCGCCGAAUCCGUCGUCAAUCUCGGCUGGUUCUUGACCGGAGUGGUACCUCCGAUUAUCUUCUUCGUGGCCCUUGUCCAGUUGUUGUACUACCUUGGCAUUCUCCAGUGGUUCAUUGGGAAGUUUGCCGUCUUCUUCUUCUGGAGUUUGCGGGUUUCUGGUGCAGAGGCAGUGGUGGCCGCGGCAUCCCCUUUCAUCGGCCAGGGUGAAUCCGCCAUGUUGAUCCGGCCGUUCGUGCCACAUUUGACUCUGGCGGAAAUCCACCAAGUCAUGACCUCUGGGUUUGCCACUAUUGCCGGCUCUGUCUUGGUGGCAUAUAUUGGACUUGGUCUGAACCCGCAGGCGCUGGUGUCUUCCUGCAUCAUGUCUAUUCCGGCGUCAUUGGCCGUGUCCAAGAUGAGAUAUCCCGAGACCGAGGAGACGAUUACUUCUGGCCGUGUUGUUGUUCCAGAUGACGACGAGCAUAAGGCUACUAAUGCUCUGCAUGCGUUUGCAAACGGUGCGUGGCUCGGUAUCAAGAUCGCCGGCAUGAUCAUCGCUACCUUGCUAUGCAUUAUUGCUUUGAUCGGCUUGAUCAAUGGCCUUUUGGGAUGGUGGGGAAGAUAUCUCGACAUCACCCAAGACGGCAAGCCUUACCUCACGCUGCAACUCCUUUUGGGGUACAUCUGUUAUCCCGUGGCAUUCCUGUUGGGCGUGCCCAGAGCCGAUCUCCUCCGAGUGGGCCAACUCAUCGGCAUCAAGGUCAUUGCCAACGAAUUCGUCGCCUACAAUUCGCUUACCUCGGAGCAACAAUAUAUCGACAUGAGUCCUCGAUCCAGAUUGAUUGCCACAUAUGCUCUUUGCGGCUUUGGCAAUUUCGGAUCGCUCGGCACCCAAAUCGGCGUCUUGUCUCAAAUCUCGCCCUCGCGCUCCGGUGAUGUCUCGCGUGUAGCUCUGUCUGCGUUGUUCUCCGGCGUGCUCUCCACGCUCACUUCUGCUUCCAUUGCCGGUCUCCUGAUCACCGAUCAAGCGACGCUUGCCCAGCAGACUUGAGUGAUUUGUGGUUGUUGUGUUGAUCCUGCAAUAUGGGCUGCACAGACAAAUGUACACAGUGUAUAUGGGCAUGGCAUGCGAGGAACAGUGCGAAGGUGAGGAUGAAGUAGCUGCAGUGCAUCUCCAAUGAAUAUAUCUCCGUAUCCCG